AUAAGAUGUUUAUUGGUUUCAUAUAAUUAUAUCAUUUAUUUAGACAAAUUUAAAAUAUCAACUCAAAUAGUCAUAAUUUAUAAGCUCACAUAUUGAAUCAUUAAAAAUAACCCAACAUUAAUACAUUAUACUCAAUUCAAACCACUUCACUACUUUAGCACAUAUGAGAUGGUCUAAGUCACUUUUAUCUUCAUGCUCCUAUUCUAUAUCCAUACAUUUUUCAAAAUAUAAUUAGUCAAUGCAUAUUUACCUGCACGUUCAUCUUCUCGCACCAAUAUCUAUAUAUACUGUAUUUUAAAUAUAAUUAGUGCAUAUUUACCUGCACAUUUAUCUUCAUGCACCGAAAUCUAUGUAUAUUUUAUAUAAAAUUAGUCAAUCAUGCAUAUGUACCUGCACAAUAUACUUGAUUAUAUUUUGUGUUGACUUUAGGCACAAAAAGCACCAACUAACUUUACCAAAUAGCAACUAAUAAUAUGUUACAAGAGAUUUUGAUACAGUACUUUUUUUUAUCAGUUCUUAAUAUGAUUAUGUACGGCUGCAAUCAUUCAUUGACAGGCUGCCGUAGAUUUUUCCUAUAAAAAAACAAAGUGUUUAUACGUAAUCCGAUCUCAAGUUUCUUACGUUAUUGUAUAGUUUCACUUGGUUGGAACUAUCGUUAACUAGAAAGUAAUAAUGGGGUUCCUUUAUUUUUUGUUUUUCUUUGUUCUAUUUAGAGCAACUUUUGCCAUAGUUGAGAUUGAGAAUCUCAGACCACUGCAGAUAAUGAGAGAUGACACAAUUAUGGUUUCAACUGAAGGAACUUUCGAACUGGGAUUUUUCACUCCAAGUAGUUCAAAGAAUCGUUAUCUAGGAAUCUGGUUUAGAAAAAUACCAGUUCCAACAGUGGUUUGGGUUGCAAACAGGUGUAAACCGAUCAACGAUUCCUCUGGAAUUUUGACAAUAAACGAGACAGGAAAUCUUGAGCUGUUGGGACAGAAUAAAAGUGUAGUUUGGUCUACAAACUCAUCAAAACGAGCCCGGGAACCAUUGGUUCAACUCUUGGAUAAUGGUAACUUGAUUGUGAGAGAUGAACAUGAUGAAAGUACUGAGAAUAACUAUUUAUGGCAAAGCUUUGAUUAUCCUACUGAUACGUUCUUAUCGGGAAUGAAAAUGGGAUGGGAUUUGAAGAGAGGUCUUACUUGGAAAUUUUCAUCAUGGAAGAGUUUUGAUGAUCCCUGUAAUGGAGAUUUUACUUACGGAAUUGAGUUUAAUGAACAACUCAAUACAUACCCUGAAUCAGCUAUGCGAAAAGGGUCUACAAAAUUUUGCCGAAGUGGGCCAUGGAAUGGCCAAAGUUUCAGUGGCUCACCUGAUAUGUGGGCAAACCAACUAAUCGAUUUUGGUUUUGUUUACAAUGAUGAUGAAGUUUACUACACUUACUCUCUCAAGAAUAAGUCAGUGAUCUCAAUAAUAGUGGUCAACCAAACAGCAAAUGUUCGUCAAAGAUUGAUAUGGAUUGAAACAGAGAAAAUUUGGAAGCCUUAUUAUUCAGUCCCUAAAGACCAGUGUGACCACUAUGGCCAAUGUGGUGCAAAUGGGAAUUGUAUAACAACAGGGAAUCCAAUUUGCCAAUGUUUAAAAGGUUUUAAGCCUAAAUCUCCAGAGGGUUGGAACACAAUGUACUGGUCUCAAGGGUGUGAGAGAAAUAGUCCACUGAGUUGCCAUGGUGAAGAGACAGAUGGGUUUUUGAAAUUUUCUGACUUGAAAUUGCCUGAUGCUCAACAUACAUGGGUGAAUAAGAGUAUGAAUUUAAGGGAGUGUAGGGCUAAAUGCUUGAGCAAUUGUUCUUGUAUGGCUUAUACUAACUCAGAUAUCAGAGGAGAAGGCAGUGGCUGUGUAGUUUGGUUUGGUGAUCUGUUUGACAUUCGACAGUUUUCUUCUGGUGGACAAGACAUAUAUAUUCGACUUUCGGCUUCAGAAAUAGCUCAUGUGGAAAAGAUUGAUCAAGAUCACAAGAGGAGUUUAUUGCUAUUAAUCAUACUUCCAAUUGUUUCAAUCAUAAUUUUCCUAGCCACCAUAAUCUACUACUUACGCCGACUCAAAGAACUAAAAUUGAGAGGUUUGGCAGGAUUAGGCUAUUGGAAUACUAAUGCUAUAGAAGCUGAAAAUGUAGAUAGUGAUGCUCCAAAUCUGCAAGUGUUUAGUUUUAAUAAAAUCGAAAAAGCCACAAAUAACUUCUCAAAUGAAAACAAGCUUGGUGAAGGGGGUUUUGGCAUUGUUUACAAGGGGCUACUAUCAAGAGGGCAGAAAAUUGCAGUGAAGAGAUUAUCGAAGACGUCGAAUCAAGGAGUUGAGGAAUUUGAAAAUGAAGUUACACUUACUGCAAGACUACAACAUGUUAAUCUAACAAGAGUAUUGGGAUAUUGUAUUCAGAGAGAAGAAAAGAUGUUGAUCUAUGAGUAUAUGCCAAAACAUAGCUUAGACUUCUACAUAUUUGAUCCUAUUAGAAGACACCAACUAGAUUGGGAGAAGAGAUUUCACAUUAUUGAAGGGAUAACUCAAGGGCUUCUAUACCUCCAAGAGUACUCAAACUUCACCAUUAUACACCGUGAUUUGAAAGCUAGCAACGUUUUGUUGGAUAAUGACAUGAAUCCUAAGAUAUCAGAUUUUGGAAUGGCUAAGCUCUUCAAAAAAGAUGAGAUUGAAGCAAACACAGACAGAAUUGUGGGAACAUAUGGCUAUGUUCCUCCUGAAUAUGUAAAAACAGGAACAUACUCCAUGAAGUAUGAUGUCUACAGCUUUGGAGUAUUACUUUUGCAAAUCAUAAGUGGAAAGAGGAGCUCGCGUUACUAUGGAACAAGCGAAAAUUUGCAUCUUUUAGACUAUGCUUAUCAAACGUGGGAAGUUGGCAAAGGAGUGGAGUUUUUUGAUCCAUCACUAGACGAUUCUUCUUCGCCUUGUAAACUAUAUAAAUGCUUACAAGUAGCUCUAUUAUGUGUCCAAGAAAGUCCUGAGAAUAGGCCUACUAUGUUGGAGGUGUAUUCAAUGCUUAGAGAUGAAAUCAAAGCCAUUGGUUGUCCUAAAAGGCCAGCUUUCUCUAUGAAAAGUGAAUACACAUCCACAUCCCAACAGGAAAGUUGUUCAGGUAAUUUUUUGCCAAUUACUGAUGUCAUACCGAGAUGAUGGUCAGAGCUCUCAUGGCAGAAAGCAGUAUCACAGAAGCUUUUUAUUAUUAUUUGUCGAGUUCAUAGACUCAUUUAUGUUGUUUGUUUCUGUUGUAUGUCCUACUAUUGGACCAGGUGCAUAGUCUGUUGAAGUUGUAUAGAACAAAAUAUUAUUCUGUGAAUGAA